CUAAGACAGAGCCCCAUUUUUAAGCUGCAGCCAGGGUUCUAUCAUAUUACGAUGACAUCAUGGAACACUUCUGUUUACAUGGCUGGAACAAACGAAAGUCCAGCGCUAUACCUGAGAGAGAAGAGUGAAGUUUGGCUCAUAAAAGAUCCAAGGUUGUACUUUCCUCUUCAUCAAGAGAAAAACGGGAAAAAAUGGACCAAAGGAGGCAAAAAAGGAGGUAAUGCAAAAGUUUACCUCUGGGGAGCCGUCAUGGAUCCCUCAAAGCUCCAUAUACAAUUGCAAGUGGAAGAUCAUCCACAGUUUAAAGGUGUUUGCCUUGUCAAGUCAGAGGAUCCACAGCACAUAAAGGAGCUAGAAUCUCUUCCAUGGAAAAAAGUUGAAGUUCCACAGUGCCAUGGAGGAAUGUCUUUAAUUGAUUUUAACCCCCUGCUAGAAGCCAUUGUGGAAUACAUGAAGGACAUUUACCCCGCUACCCCAGAGGAGUUUAACUUUCAGGCUGAACUGAAAGUUGUAAGUCACUGGCACUGGCGCGAAGACAAAGAGUUACCCCGACGUAAACCAGGUCCUCGUGAAGACUUCCGUAUAAAGAAGGCAGUAAAGGAAACACUUCGGAAAUGGUGCAGAGAUCUAAGGGAUCUACAGUCAAAGAAAUUGGACGAGAGUCUUGAAGAAUACAUAUCAGGUUUGGAGGAAGAUAUUUUUGCUCUGAGAGCGUAUUUCAAAAAAGAAGAAUUGGAAGAAGAUGAAACAGAGGGUAAGGAAUACUCCUUGGAACAGCGAGCAGAUGAGGGUGUGGAUGGCACAGUGGAUAUGGAAUGGACUGAGGACAACGCAUCAAAUGGGGUGACAAAGUAUAUUCAAGCAGGUCUGGGACGGCGCUUGAAUGGACACUUGCCUUCAGAGGUGAAAACAUCACAAGAGAGAAGAUCAAGGAAAACGGCGCGCCGCUAAUCGAGUAACAGGGAAGAGAAUAGGUUACAAGGAAGAUCAUCAAGAAAGAAAUAUUCAUUUUGAAUUUUGUUUUUCUUUUUUAGAAGAUCUCAUAUUCGCAUGCGUUUGUUUUAAUCGGAUAAGUAUCGAAUGCUCGUUGUUAGAUAUUCUUAAAAAUCACCGUUUACGUUCUUUCCGGAGAUAACUCCUGACCUGAUGAAAAGUUCACGAAAUAAAUAAGACAAGUAAUGUCUUAGAGUGACUUAAGGGUGUACACAUUACUGCACUCUCGUCAGUUUUGACCCUUUUAAUUGUUUCCUAUGUUUCAUAUUUUGCUUUUGUACAAUUUGUAACUGAAUUCUUACUUCCUGCCUAAAUGCGAUGGAAGAUUUCCUUUUAAAAAGGUACACGGUAUAAUAGAUUUUCGAAUACAAUACAAUACAAUACAAUACAAACUUUAUUGACACUCCCUAAAGAGGGUUUUUCGGUGACAAUGAUCUACAAAUUACUAAAUUACAGUUGUACUAAAAAGUAUAAUAGCAAAAUUAAGGAAGCUAAAAUGUUGAUAAAUGUUCGCUAAAGUUACAACUAAGAGCGAUGAGAAAGGAAAGCAGCAAGUAAUUUGGCUCUAGGUUUACGCUUAAAUCACGCGAAGAAUUACAGAGUUUGAGGGUAUUAUCUAAACUGUUCCAUAGACUUACUGUACUAUAAAAGAAGGUCCUUUGAA